UACUGCCGUGAGGUACGAACGACACGUACGUUCCUCCAUGGAUUCUUCCUCGCAUCAGGCGAAUGCCACCACGGCCAGCUUUGGGUAGUCGGCCAAGCUCCUCAUCGACGCGACUAAAAUGUACCCAUAUCUGUAUGACAAGCGGCACCCUUCUUUUAAAGAUCAGACAAAGAAGGACCGGGCUUGGGCAGAUCGAAGCAUGUUCGGCAUGUCGACAGCCACAUCACAGCAGAAGAGGCUAACGAGAGAUCACCGCCUCGGCCAAGACAUGCAGCGGAACCGGAACGUACCCCUGAUACGGCUGAGGAGACUCGUGUCGACACCUGCAGCAAUGAGUCACGCUCGUCAAGACGACAACGGACCUGCAAGGGCGCUAGCAAUGCAGGAGAGGGCACAAGCCAUGAAGCUGUGGCGCAAGCGUGCAUGGAGCACCUUGAACACAUCAGAGCGAACAAGGGGGUCAUCAAAAAAGAUAACAUUGGUUUCUUCGCUCUACGUACCGAUGCACCCCUCAGAGAGCUACCAGUGCACAUUGCACAAGAUGUAAUGCAUGCAGUAGAACUUAUGCUGUAUGAAGCAGAGGCAAAAUUGCAUCAGAGCAGUGAAGCAAAUUGAAGUGUUUAUAUAUAAA